GUUAAGCCCCGCCUUCUCCGCGCUGCUGCACCAAUGGAGUGAGCGCGGCCUGGUUCCAUAACAAGCUGUGUCUGUCCCACCGUCCUUGCCUGUCAUGUCGGCUGCGUACCGGAUAGUGGUGGGCUCUCUGGCGAUCGCUGGCUGGACGGGGCUCGGCUGCCUACUGUGGGCGUUUAUCGCACCGAAGCAGGACCAGUUGUUAGACAUGCGGACGAAAGAAAUUAGGGAAAACCCGGUUAGGAUGGCAGAGCUGCGGAGUCAGAACGAGAUGGUGCUCAAAGUCCUGAAAGAGGCUGCAGAGACCCAUGUGAACAUCACCAGUAAUCCGCGAUGGAACUCAAGAUGAUGCCGUCCACCAGUGCUCCGGUUGUCCAUGGUGAACGCUGGGCUCACUACUCCUGCUGUUUUCAAUUUGCCUGUCGGGAUGUAAGGAAACCUACUGUAUUUGAACCCCAAGGGAGACUUUUCCUUAAUGGCUUCUGAAACCCAGGCCAAUAUAAUGGUCUGCAGAGGAAAUCUCAAUACUGUACUGCCCUAUUCUAGAGACGGAAGCAUGAAAAAGCCAGUCUAUGAAAUUCCUAUAAAGGGUUCCACGAAUGCCCCAUGCUGAGCUCUCUCCAGAACAAGAGAACAGCAUGCAAUCCCCUACGAAAGGUGGAAGCUCGUGCCACCCACUAUUUUAACCCUUAAUGAACUUUUUGAUUGUUUUUGGCAUUGGAUGUACUAUAGUAUAAUAUAUAGAGAUGAACGAA